UGACUAGAACGGCCAUGGCUAGAAGGGAUCCAGCUUUUGUAAAAACAAAAAUUAAAAUGUCAGAUUUUAACUUUUCGAAUUAUCGUAACAGGAUAAUUAGGUUAAUGUUAUGAAAAUGGUUUAGAGUUAGAUUAAAUGCAACAACAACCAAAAAAUAUAUACUUUUUGACGUUAAUUUGAUCAAAAACUAGAUCCCUUUGACCGACUGGAACAUGUUGAAGGGACGUUUAGGUUCGAAGGAAUUGGCUCAGAGCUCCUGUCACUCUUCAGCAUCAUCUUGUUGUGAAAACGAAAUGACAUCAAAAAAACGAACUAAAGUAUAGCUAAAACAGAUCCAUUUUCAUUUCGCUAUUUUAUCAGCUUGAGAUAUUAUCUCAGUCGGAACGCAGAAUUUAAUACUAAGUGUAUAUCAAUACGUCAUUCUUCAGUUGUAUUCAAUGGAAAAACGGAAUGGCCACCACGGCGAGAAUGAACCGGAGACCGGGGAAAACGAAGAAACGGCGCCUGCUCCACCGAAACAGUCGUGUUCAAGGAGUGACGAGUCGAAUAUUUUUAUAUUAGACGGUAACAACACGGAGACGACCACGACCGGGGGUUGUGCCACUACCGACGAACGACGCACAUCCACAUCCAACUAUUCGUCGAGGCAAAAGAUUGACUCCCUGGGAAAAAUCAGGCCACCCUUCCCUUGGUUUGGGAUGGACAUCGGUGGCACCCUGGUGAAGCUGGUCUACUUUGAGCCCAAAGAUAUCACAGCCGAGGAGGAGCAGGAGGAGGUAGAGAACCUAAAGAGCAUCCGGCGCUACCUGACCUCCAACAUAGCCUACGGUAAGACUGGGAUCAGAGAUGUUCACCUGGAGAUGAAGGACCUGGCGAUAUGCGGACGCACAGGGAACCUCCACUUCAUCCGCUUCCCCACCCAGGAUCUGCCGGCCUUCCUACAGAUGGCACGCAACAAACACUUCUCCAGCCUCCACACCACCCUCUGUGCCACCGGAGGGGGUGCGUACAAGUUUGAGUUCGACUUCCGCCAGAUGGCUGACCUCCAGCUGCUGAAGCUAGAUGAGCUGGACUGUCUGAUACGUGGUGUACUCUACAUAGACUCAGUGGUGUCCAGUCCUUCAGAGUGUUACUACUACGAGAACCCUACAGACCCUGAACACUGUGUCCAGAAACCCUUCACUCUGGAGAACCCUUACCCUCUGCUGCUGGUCAACAUCGGCUCUGGCGUCAGCAUUCUGGCCGUCUACUCCAAGAACAACUACAAACGAGUAACCGGGACCAGUCUGGGUGGAGGGACAUUCUUGGGGCUGUGCUGUUUACUGACUGGCUGCUCCAGCUUUGAGGAGGCUCUGGAGAUGGCGUCGCAGGGGGAGAGCACGCACGUGGAUAAGCUAGUACGCGACAUCUACGGGGGGGACUACGAGCGCUUCGGCCUCCCCGGCUGGGCUGUGGCCUCCAGUUUUGGGAACAUGGUGUGUAAAGAGAAGCGGGAGUCCAUUUCUAAAGAGGACCUAGCCAGAGCCACCCUGGUCUCCAUCACCAACAACAUUGGCUCCAUCACCAGGAUGGUUGCGCUCAACGAGAACAUUGAGAGGGUGGUGUUCGUAGGGAACUUCCUGAGGGUGAACACCCUGUCCAUGAAGCUGCUGGCCUACGCCAUGGAUUACUGGUCUAAAGGCCAGCUGAAAGCCCUGUUCCUCAGACACGAGGGCUACUUCGGAUCAGUCGGGGCUUUGCUGGAACUCCUGGAUCCAUCCUGAUUGCUACGGUGGCCCUGAAGGUCAAACUAGCACUUAAGACCCAAGGACUGCUCUCACCCAAAGCCAGACUCACUCAGACUGUUAAACCAAAGACCGUCCAUCCAGCAGGACCUUUACACUUUUAUCCUCCACACUCUAUUGGUGUGGUGUGCUUGCCUGUACAAGUAGCCAGGUAGGUAGGCUGUAUAGUAGACAAGUAGGUAGGCUGUACAAGUAGGUAGGCUGUACAAGUAGCCAGGUAGGUAGGCUGUAUAGUAGACAAGUAGGUAGGCUGUACAAGUAGCCAGGUAGGUAGGCUGUACAAGUAGCCAGGUAGGUAGGCUGUAUAGUAGACAAGUAGGUAGGCUGUAUAGUAGACAAGUAGGUAUGCUGUAUAGUAGACAAGUAGGUAGCCUGUACAAGUAGCCAGGUAGGUAGGCUGUAUAGUAGACAAGUAGGUAGGCUGUACAAGUAGCCAGGUAGGUAGGCUGUACAAGUAGCCAGGUAGGUAGGCUGUAUAGUAGACAAGUAGGUAUGCUGUAUAGUAGACAAGUAGGUAGCCUGUACAAGUAGCCAGGUAGGUAGGCUGUAUAGUAGACAAGUAGGUAGGCUGUAUAGUAGACAAGUAGGUAGCCAGGUAGGUAUGCUGUAUAGUAGACAAGUAGGUAGCCUGUACAAGUAGCCAGGUAGGUAGGCUGUAUAGUAGACAAGUAGGUAGGCUGUACAAGUAGCCAGGUAGGUAGGCUGUAUAGUAGACAAGUAGCCAGGUAGGUAGGCUGUAUAGUAGACAAGUAGCCAGGUAGGUAGGCUGUAUAGUAGACAAGUAGCCAGGUAGGUAGGCUGUAUAGUAGACAAGUAGCCAGGUAGGUAGGCUAUACAAGUAGCCAGGUAGGUAGGCUGUAUAAGUAGACAAGUAGCCAGGUAGGUAGGCUGUAUAGUAGACAAGUAGCCAGGUAGGUAGGCUGUAUAGUAGACAAGUAGCCAGGUAGGUAGGCUGUAUAGUAGACAAGUAGCCAGGUAGGUAGGCUGUAUAGUAGACAAGUAGCCAGGUAGGUAGGCUGUAUAGUAGACAAGUAGCCAGGUAGGUAGGCUGUAUAGUAGACAAGUAGCCUGGUCCGUCUGCAUACGUUUGACAGGUCUAUGAAUCCCACCAGGAACGACCACCACUGUUGCCUUAACUGCUGGAUAAUCACAUGUCUGUUUGACAUGUUUAAUAUAAUUGCUUGAUUGCUCUGUCGCCAUCAGCAGCCGAUGGCUCAGCUCUAGAUGUUGACCUCCAUAGAAGGGUCCAUGGCUGGGGCCCAAUGGGCAUUCUACUGGCACUCACGUCAGGGUUCAUUCCAGCCAAUACAGGAAGUACAUUGACGUUCCGAUUCUCUUCAAUGCUUUUCAUUUAGGAAAAUGUGGAAUUUGGUUUACUUUCUGAAUUGACAGGAAUUGUAAUGGAAUUGAUCUCAACCCUGAUUUACUGUUACGUUAAAUUUAUUAUUUUUUACUAUUGUUUACUGUGACAUUUUUCAGCUCAGCUGCAAAGUAAUUGUUACAUAUUGAUGGAAGAGGUUUUGAUUGAUAUCUGAUAAUGGCAAAUGGAAUAUUUGUGGGUCUGUUUUGGACAUAAAUGUUAAGUUUUUCACCUAAAUGAACUGUUACCAACGAAUCUGACUCUUAUUCAACUUUAGAUGAUAGUUAAACAUUUAGUCUUUAUUCUGCCUUGAGACAAUCUCUCCUCUCUCUCUCCCUCUGUCUUGCUCUCUGUCUCUCUCUCUCUCCGUCUGUCUGACUCGCUCUGUCUCUCUCUGUCCCUCUGUCUGUCUGUCUCUCGCUGUCUCUCUCUCCCUCUGUCUCUCUCCCUCUGUCUCUCUCUCUGUCUGUCUGUCUCUCUCUCUCCGUCUUGCUCUCUCUCUGUCUCUCGCUCUCUGUCUCUCUCGCUGUUUCGCUCUGUCUUGCUCUCUGUCUGUCUCUUCUCCCCCCCCAUACUAGGUUCAACUGUUGUCAUUAUUAGGCCUACUUGAACUACUUUUUAUUCAGAUCACUAUGCCAACAGGUACUCUUCCUGGAGUCCUUACACAUAACUAAAAAUACAUUACAGUUUAAAUAAGACACGGUAGUAGACAACACUUUCAGGGAUCUGGAUCUGCUGUAUUUGUGCAGUAUAGGGGUUUUAAAGGGGAGUCCUGGGUCGGACUCCCCUUUGCCUCCAGAACACACUGAAUUCUUCGAGGCAUGGAAACGUUGCUUAAUUGGUAUCAAGGGACCCUAACGUGUGGCAGGAAAACAUUAUCCACACCAUUACACCACCGCCACCAGCCUGUAAUCAUAUACAUGCUUUAGUCCUAUCCCAAAGGCAAGUAACGUACACAAGUUGGUUGUGUUCAGUCUCAUCAAAUCAGCUGUAUAUAUAUACUAGUGCUUCACGUUCAGCUAAAUAAAUUCUGUUAAGUGCCUGGUAUGUUGUAGUCUAGGAAAGGUAGAAAUACAGACAAUCGUAUGAAGACAUGCUUUUUUGAAAUCAGACCUGUCUUUGACUCCAUACACCAAGUUCUCUCUCUGUUGGUGAUGUACAAUAUACUUUUUAUUUUUUUAUUAUUACUAAAUAUUUGUAAUAAAUGUUGUGUCAUAUAAAUUAUUUGAAUAUCAUUUUCUGAGGUGAUGCUUAUUUAUUUGAUAAUAGCAAAUUCUGCAAUGGAAAUCUACAAGAUAUGUGUUUUUCGAUAUGCAAGAUUUCGAUAUAAAAUAAGAGGAAUAAAAAUGUAUUUAAAAAAAAUAA